CCCUCUCUUCCUCUGUGGGAAUUUGCAGUAGCUUUAGAGCUCAUCGCUUUGCUGAGAAACUCUCUGUGGGUGGUGAGAAUGGAGCAAAUUAUGGCCACGUACAAGCUCGAAGCCUUCGGCAUCAUUUGAGCUUUCUGGGUUCUCUCUCUUUCCCGAUCUCCUCCCCUUCUCUCUCUCUCUCUCUCUCUCUCUAUCUCUCUCUCUCUCUCUCAAAACUUAUCGCCGGAGACGGUGGGCUGAGGACUAAGCAGGCGGGACGAGGAUCGUGCGUGCAUGCUUGGUCCCCGCGUGCGCGCUGCUCUGUCGUGACGCCCUCGUUUUUUGCUGUCCGGAGCUUCGUCGGAGCUCGGAGCGAUAUGGGGUACUUGCUGAAAGAAGCGCUCAAGACGAUCUGCAGCGUGAAUCAGUGGUCGUACGCCGUGUUCUGGAAGUUCGGCUGCCAAAAUCCGAAGCUGUUAAUAUGGGAAGAAUGUUACUAUGAGCCUCUACGAUGUUGUGUUCCUCCUUCAACUGCUGUAUCUGUGAUUGGCAAAGUGCCUAUGGGGGAGUUUGAUGGAUGCUUGGUCACUCCUGAAAAUCAGUUUGCUAUGCCUGAAAAUCAUGCAGCGGAUAAAAUUGAGUCACUGAUUGACAAGAUGAUGAUAAAAGAUCAUAUCAAUAUUGUAGGUGAAGGAAUAAUAGGACGAGCUGCGUUCACAGGAAAUCAUCUGUGGAUACUUUCAAGUAGUUAUAAUGGGGAUGCCUAUCCACCUGAGACAAUUGUGGUCAUUCCAAUAACUCCACAUGGAGUUAUACAAGUCGGUUCUUCUUUACAUAUUAUGGAGAAUGUGAGAUUUGUGGAUGAAGUGAGGAGUUUGAUCCUGCGACUGGGGUUUGUCCAAGGUUCCGUGUGUUCUGACACUUAUGCAACCAAAUUAGCUGUUUCUCUUGGAAUGCCUGCUGCAAAUCUGUCUGGAAAUGACUUCUAACCAGCCAUUGAGUUUUGCUGGAGUCCCAUGGCCAACUUGGAGCUGGAGAUUUUGGAUCCCAAUCAGUUUGCAGUGCACUUGAGGUACGGCCGCACCAGCAGGCUGCUUCAUCUAACAU